UGAGGAGCUGACUGCAGCCAAUUUUUCCUUCGAUAUCUUUGACUUUGGGGUCUGCUUCACCUUCAACACAGGCACAGAUGGCACUGAUUUACUCAUGGUUGAAACGUCAGGUAAACUCCACGGACUGGGUAUGAUACUGGAUACACAGCAAUGGGACUACUUCUAUUCGAGUGAUUUCCAUCGUGUUUCCAGCGGUUUUUCAAGUGAUGGUUUACGACCGGAAUGAAGUCCCAUUAGUAUCCGAGUUGGGCUUUGCCGUCGGGCCUGGGACCGAGAACCUAGUCGGUCUCGAGAUAACAGAGGUGAAUAAUCUCCCGCCGCCCCACGGUGUGUGCGGCCACAAAAAUCUGAAAUAUUACGACCACUACUCCACAUCAGGAUGCCGCGAUGAGUGUCAUACCGACUACGUGAUUCAAAGAUGCGGCUGCAAAGAACCUUACAUGCCAGGUAACACCUCUGUUUGUAACCCUGUGGAGCUCUAUGACUGUGCAGCAACAGCAACAAUUGAUUUCAUCAAGACCGCUGCCCAUGAUUGCGAAUGCCCAGUUCCGUGUCACAGCGUAACGUAUGAGCCUGUAGUCACUACAGCGGGAUUUCCGUCACACUUCUGGUCCGCUUCACUGUCCGAUAUCUACCAACGCGUUUACAACAUUACACUUUCUCCUGAAUACUUCAGUGAAAACAUGGUGUUCAUAAACAUCUUCUUCAAAGAGCUCAGCAUUGAGAAGAUCACACAACAAACAGCUUAUACAUUCUUCAGUCUUCUUUGUGAUAUCGGAGGCGCGAUGGGACUGUGGCUAGGAGGGAGUAUUCUCACCAUCUUUGAAUUCUUCGAUCUCCUGAGCAACUCGACCCAUUUCUACUACACCAGAUUAGCGCGACGAAAGUAAUCAACCAAUGACGAGGAAUGAAUUAGGAACCUACUGCGAUGUUAUUGAUGGAAGGUUGACAAGACCAAACUAUCAAGAGACCAACAUUAAUUGACACCGAACGAAGAAGACUCGUGAUUUCGAAGAGCCACCUAAACCACAUUUCGUGGAAGAUAGGUCCAUUAGACCAAAGGUUUCUGGCAACAUGAGCAACAAGGCCGACAUUGUCGAUCUCGCAGACCGUCAGGAAAGUAAAUCAGAAGGUUCGCAAGACCGACAGCGCAAGAUAUUGACAUGUCAGUUUCUGACGUGUCUUCUGGAAACUUCCAGACGGUUUACGAGACCGACUGUCGGUCCGCGGGAUGUCCCGGGUACAGCUCCAUGUUUAUAUAGUCAACGUGUUUCGAACGAUUACAAGACCGAUUAUUAAAAGCAUGUACAUGUAUACAGGAUACAGUUCGCAAGGAUGAUAAUUCUUGGUCUAUGGGGAAACUCCGAGCUCGUGGAACUUCAGUCAUCAUAGUCAUCCGGUCUGCAUCCAAUGACGCAUAACUUUAACUGAAAUACCUCAAAACACAAAGGUAUAUAAUAUAGACGCACAUGGUGAUCCUAGGAUAACUAUCGCCAUGAUAAUUGCAUAUGUCAUGAUACCCCCGAUCGCAUAUGGAUAAAGCAUUUUAUACAACACCUACGUGGACCCUUAUCAUUUGAUUGGAGGAUUGUUGGUCACAUGAUAUUUAAUAGAUGUUCUAUUGCACGAGCGUGCAUUUUUGGUUAUAUUCGCCGUGCAAUUUUGGUUAUAUGCAGACUGCGUACUGCCGUGCGCGUAUCACUGUGUGUAUCUGACGCAAAGGCAAUCUGAAUGUAAUCGAGAAGGCUUGAAGUUGACUCCAACUUUAAUUUAUCUUUAAUAU